AUGAGAUCUACCGUGAGGGUAUGGAGACUUGCUCUGCAGGCGCAGUACCGGCCAUUUUCCACCUCGCCUCGAAGACUGGACAACUAUGCCUUCAUUGGCUUGGGCCAGAUGGGGUACCAGAUGGCUCGUAACCUGCAAGCCAAGCUGCCGCCGAGCGACACCGUCCGGUUGUUCGACAUCAACAAAGCCGCAGCGGACAAGCUGCUGCAGGAGGUGAAGGAUGCGCAAGCUGGCGGAGCAGCUGUAGACGUGCUCGGGAGCGCUGCGGAUGCUGCAAGAGAAGCGGACGUAGUAAUCACGUGCCUUCCGGAGCCCCAGCACGUCAAGUCGACGUAUGAGGCCAUUCUGCAAGGGGGGCUUCCAGCUCUUCCAAGCCCACGGCUCUUUAUAGACUGCUCGACCAUCGACCCGUCCUCUUCACGGGAAGUUGCAUCGGCCGUCUCAUCAGCGCUUCCCAAUGGCCAAGGAAACUUUGUCGAUGCUCCUAUGUCUGGUGGAGUAGUUGGGGCUAAAGCUGGGACAUUGACGUUCAUGCUCGGGGCCCCCGACUCCCUCGUCAGCCGUAUAGAGCCUAUCCUUCUCCGGAUGGGCAAGCGGGUGUUGCACUGCGGCCCGCAAGGGGCGGGCUUGUCGGCCAAGCUGGCCAACAACUACCUCCUCGCGAUUGAGAAUAUCGCGACAGCAGAGGCCAUGAAUCUCGGUGUGAAGUGGGGUCUGGAUCCAAAAGUCCUUGCCAGCGUGAUCAAUGUGAGCACGGGCAAGUGCUGGCCUAGCGAGGUCAACAACCCCGUGCCGGGCGUCGUGGAAGCGGCGCCUGCAAGUCGGGAUUACCAAGGAGGGUUCGGCAUUGGUCUGAUGCGGAAGGACUUGAGGCUCGCCAUGCUCGCUGCUAGAGAGGCUGGUGCGAAGCUUCCUCUGGCGGAUAAGGCAUCAGAAAUAUAUGAGAAUGCAGAGGCGGAAGAGAGGUGCAAAGGGCGUGAUUUCUCGGUUGUUUACCGGUGGCUAGGAGGCAAGGAGUAG